AUGACGGGGAAGGCGCUGAAUGUCACUGGCCUUGCCAUCAACGUAUGCCCCCUGUCGCCAAAAAACCGUGAGGGCAGUCCGCCGGACUGGGGCGGCAGUCCGCCGGACUGGGGCGGCAGUCCGCCGGACUGGGGCGGCAGUCCGCCGGACUGGGGCGGCAGUCCGCCGGACUGGGGCGGCAGUCCGCCGGACUGGGGCGGCAGUCCGCCGGACUGGGGCGGCAGUCCGCCGGACUGGGGCGGCAGUCCGCCGGACUGGGGCGGCAGUCCGCCGGACUGGGGCGGCAGUCCGCCGGACUGGGGCGGCAGUCCGCCGGACUGGGGCGGCAGUCCGCCGGACUGGGGCGGCAGUCCGCCGGACUGGGGCGGCAGUCCGCCGGACUGGGGCGGCAGUCCGCCGGACUGGGGCGGCAGUCCGCCGGACUGGGGCGGCAGUCCGCCGGACUGGGGCGGCAGUCCGCCGGACUGGGGCGGCAGUCCGCCGGACUGGGGCGGCAGUCCGCCGGACUGGGGCGGCAGUCCGCCGGACUGGGGCGGCAGUCCGCCGGACUGGGGCGGCAGUCCGCCGGACUGGGGCGGCAGUCCGCCGGACUGGGGCGGCAGUCCGCCGGACUGGGGCGGCAGUCCGCCGGACUGGGGCGGCAGUCCGCCGGACUGGGGCGGCAGUCCGCCGGACUGGGGCGGCAGUCCGCCGGACUGGGGCGGCAGUCCGCCGGACUGGGGCGGCAGUCCGCCGGACUGGGGCGGCAGUCCGCCGGACUGGGGCGGCAGUCCGCCGGACUGGGGCGGCAGUCCGCCGGACUGGGGCGGCAGUCCGCCGGACUGGGGCGGCAGUCCGCCGGACUGGGGCGGCAGUCCGCCGGACUGGGGCGGCAGUCCGCCGGACUGGGGCGGCAGUCCGCCGGACUGGGGCGGCAGUCCGCCGGACUGGGGCGGCAGUCCGCCGGACUGGGGCGGCAGUCCGCCGGACUGGGGCGGCAGUCCGCCGGACUGGGGCGGCAGUCCGCCGGACUGGGGCGGCAGUCCGCCGGACUGGGGCGGCAGUCCGCCGGACUGGGGCGGCAGUCCGCCGGACUGGGGCGGCAGUCCGCCGGACUGGGGCGAGUAG